GAGGCGCCCCGUGGGGACCGCUCCGGGUCACCAUGUCGCGCGGGGGCAGCCGCUGGCCGGUUCGCCUCCUGAUGAUCACCUGCGUGAUGGCCGGGCCGGCGCUGAGCCAGGAGUGCUCCGCGGAGAAGAUGGAGAAUUCCAUCAUCGAUAUAGACUUGUCCCUGCCCCGCGGCGUCCGGGGCGCGGAGCCGCUGCGCGUCCCCAGCGCGGGUGCGUGUGUCCGUGCCUGCUGCUCGGGGCACCGGCUCGCAGGAGACAAGAAGUGUAAUUUGAUUAUUUUUUAUGCUGCAAGAACAAGUACACAUCCAAACUGCUACUUGUUUUACUGUCCUAGCAUGGAGGCUUGUCCAAUGAAACCUGCAACAGGUCUUGUGAGCUACAAGAUAACUACAGACAUCCAUGCCCCAGAGGAUAAAUCCAUCAAAGCUGAGAACUUUUCUUCAAAUGAGUAUUCUUUGCCUUCAGAUGCUGGAACCUUCAUUCCUCAUAGUCAGGAUAUCCAUCGGAAUCACUCUGCCAGUUUGCAGAAAUCUGUCUUUCAUCAGGCAUCUGAGCUCUUGAACCACAUAGGCAAGCAUUUGGACAACAUGGAACUUGAUACAGUUUUUCCUGAAUCUCAAACAGAAAAACAGUCUGAGAGCUUAGACCCCAUCUCAAGGCAGAAAAUAAUUACUCUGCCACCAAACACACCUUCUUCUAUUCCAGUUGGAAACCCCACUGCUUCAUUCCCCACUGCUGCUCAGUCAGGCACUCCUGAAACCACUAGUGCUUCUCUUACUCCACUGCCAACAAGUACUGCCCAGCUGGAGCCUCACACAGCCUCUCUGCAACCUGGUGCUGCUAAACCAAACACAACCCACUCCACUACAGCUGCCUCUCUGCCUGCUGCAGCCACUGCAGCUAAACCUGGUGUCCCUGCCACCAGCAUCACUGUUACUCAUGUUCUUCUUUCCAAGCCCAUAAAUUCUGCUUCUACUUCUACAACCAAGCAGGUGACCAUGAAUUCCAGGUCUGCUACUGCCCCAUCAGGGCUGAGGACUUCAGCCAUGGCUCCUGAGCCAACAGUUGUCUCUUCCAGUGAUAGCAGCCAUGUGACCCUCCUCUCUUUUCCAGGUUUCAUUCUGUCCAGUGAUUCCCCUGCAUCUUCCCAAAAUGACCUUCAGGGUUAUGGCCCAUCUGACUCAGAAAGCUCCCUGUCAGAAGGUGCUCUGAGAGGGAAAGGUGUCUUUCAGCUGGGGGAAAGAAGCAGCCUUGUAGCAGCUUUGUUUUUUGGGGUGAUAUUCUUGUUGCUAGUUAUUGUGCUCACAGGGAAGAAAGUACAUGAAUCUCUUCAGAAGAGGCAUUAUACCAGGCUGGAUUACUUGAUCAAUGGAAUGUAUGCUGAUGUCUGACUGGGAGAGGGAAUAAAAUUUUGAGGAUCAUCUCUCACUUUUGAGAGAACUCUGAAAUGGAACAGUAGAUACUGAAAUCUUGGAAGAGGAUGGAUUCCUUUUUUGGGGUUCUAAUAGGAAAGCAGGAGACAGGAAAUGGGUUUGGUGGUGAAAAGGAAUGCUCUGUCUGUGCUGAGCUAUAAUGUCUGUCAUUUUUGAUUUAUUACUAAAUCCUGAGAGUAAACACUUAAUCCAAGUUAAGCUAAGAAGGUCUUAGAUUUAAGGAGAAAAAGCAUUUCAUGAGCUUAAUCUGUACUGUGACAAGAUUAGUGAAGUUGAAGUACACCUAAUAAAUUGAGUACCUGUGCAGCACGUGGAUGUUUUCAGUGCUAUUUACACCAAAUGCCAGACUGUUACAAGAUUGCCUGGCAAUCCUAUUUACCCUAUUUGUAGCUUUAAAGGAAUACUUUGUAAUAAAGCUUUGCAUCCAAACGGUUUUAGGUACAAACAGGGAAAAAAUCUAUUACAUAUGACAUAAUUUAAUUUUCCUUAUCUAGUUUAUGGCUAUGUACCUAUCUUUAAAGUUCUUCAUACAUCUGCAUACAUCACAAUUAUCCUUAAAACUACAUGCUGCAACUGUGAGUGUUCUCAAAGCACACCCUGUUCUCUUCUAGUGUCCCCUUCAUGUGACUGGUAAUAAGCAUAGCUGCUUAGUAACAGUUAUCUUGAUAUUUGAGUUUUUUUCCAACCUAAACAACUCUAUGAUUUUAUGUUUUCCUGACUCUUCAACAGGGAGAGUAAAUGGGAGCAUCUACUGCCACACAACUUCCAGUUCAUGUUAUUUAAAUUUCCCUUCGCGUAUAGCAAGUCUAAACCUGGUUUUAGAAUGAAAGGCUAGAUUUCAAAGUAUUCAUGUCAGGUGGCAUAAUCAACAACAAACAUCACGGCAGAGAAGGAAGGGUGCCUCAUGAAUGCAAGGGAACAAUUCUAUUACAAAAUAUGAAAUUUGACUCACAUCCAAGAGAUGCUUAGAUCUGUCAAGCUUAGUGUGGUGGGAAGCAGGCGUGAUGCAAAAAAAUGGCCUCAAGGCAAGUUUUCUGAAAGCUCUAAAUAACUAAAUGCAGAAAAUUCUCUGAAAAUUCCAUUAUUCAAAGAUCAAAGAAAAGUCAGUGUUCCUUGUGUCAAGAGCUUGAAUUCUUACUAUAUGGAGGCUGCAAAUUGCUUUAUAUAUAUAAACCCAGCUGGUCUGCUACAUUGUUUAAAUCUGACAAUGGUUAAAAGAAAAGCAGUCUGGAUAACCUCUUAAAAGUGAAUAAAAUUACAGAAGAAAUGUACCUCAAAUUUA